AUGCCCGUAACAGCAACAUACGCCAGUGCUCCAGAAGCAUCAUCCCCAAUCUCUCAAGCCCGAUACCCCGGCAGAAUGACUGAGGCAAACAAAGCAAAGAUGGCUUUAGGUUUGAUCAACCUCCCUAAAUUGUACACUAACAUCCGCAACAGCCUCAAAGCGGAGAUGCAGAACACCGGUUGGGUCAACAAAACCGUUUCCGGAGCAGCAGCGUUCGAUGCUCUAUGCCUCCAUGUGUUGAACAUACGUCCUCUCCGUGGUUUCCUGCCUAUGUGGAACGGAGGCGAUUCCGCAACCCGCAGAGCACUCGCGGACGCUUUGAAGUGGCUCAUCGGUGAUGUUGGGCAGAAGGAAAAGCUAUCGAGGGGGCAGGGAAAUCGCGAGUAUAAAGAAGUUGCUGACGAUAGCGAUGAUGAUGAGGACGGUGGUCUGCCCGCCCAACGCUCUAAGAAGCGUAAACGGGACCCAGUGUCCGCAGAUCUCGAUAGAGCUUCCAUAAUGGUUACGGUGGUAGACCCGGAUGCUCUAGGAGCAUUCUCCAGGGUUGCCCCGCCCCCUAUCUAUGACUGGAACCAUCGACGAAAUCAGAAUUCGUUCAUUGGAGUUCUGACCAAGAUAACGUUUCCAGGGCUCUGCAAUUUGAUCCUGAAGCACACCCCACCCGGCAGAGCAAUCAGGAGUAUCUGGGGAGCACUCGAUAACGUUCCACCGGCAUCCAAUCCUCCUGUUCGGCCGAUGGAGGUGCAGAUCACUGAUUCGGAAGAGGUCGAGGGUUGGUUGAAGAAUAGCGUUGGCAGGCCUCGGAGGAUACUGGCGGUACUCCACAGAGCGGGCGCGGGUGCUAAUUUGGGUGGUGCUGAAACACCGCCGCUGACACGAGCAUUCCCUCAUAUCGAGGAAGACGAUUACACCACGAUCGUUAUUCCAGCAGAGAACUCUGAUUACGAGGAGGGAAAUCACCGCAUAAAUGCUAAAGGACUGAGGGUAUAUUUGCCCAGAACUGAUGCCAGUAAUCAAAGGCUAAUCCAGACUCUUGUUAGACGUCGCGAUAGACAGCAGGAUGCUAUCGACGACUUAGACCCCAAAUACCUGAGGAAGUAUCCUCUGGGUGUAGGGGUUGCUGACGCAAACUUUGCACAGGGAGUAAUCUGGACGCCUGCCGGGCUAGCAGCCAAGAGAGCUGCUGACGCACUCGCGGCUGCUGCUGGAGGCGGUGGUGGUGGUGGUGGUGGUGGUGGCAAUCCUCCUCCGGGCGGUGGUGGUGGUGGUGGUGGUGGUGGUGGUAAUCCUCCUCCGGGCGGCGGUGGUGGUGGUGGUGGUGGUGGUAAUCCUCCUCCGGGCGGACCUCCUCCUCCUCCUCCUCCUCCUCCUCCUCCUCCUCCUCCUCCUCCUCCUCCUCCUCCGGGCGGACCUCCGGGCGGUGGUGGUGGUGGUGGUGGUGGUGGACCUUCUGGAGGCGGUGGUGGAGGCGGUGGUGGUGGUGGUGGUGGAGGUGGUGGGCCAGCUGGAGGCGGUGGAGGCGGUGGUGGUGGUGAUGGUGGUGGGCAUCAUUAG